GGCUGCCCUAGACUGGCCCAGCACCCACGAUGUCGUACCUCAGGCUGGUAAUAUGCGUGGUCGGAGUCUACUCUAUGUUCUUGUUGUGGGCUAUUGCCCAAGAACGACUGUCCGUUCCGUUCCAAUCAAUAGACGGGGCUUCCGCCGACAAGUUUCACUCCCCCCUAUUCCUGGGAACUUGUCAGAGUUUCCUUAGCUGUGUCGCUGCUCUACUAUACAUCUUCCUACGCCGAAAGUCCGGGCAAACGCUAGCGCAUACUCUCGGUCUCGCGGAAGACACCAAGUCCGCACCGAACGGGACUACCAACGGCUCCGCCAACGGGACCACCAACGGCCCUGCGAAAACAAACGGAAAUGCCACACAUACCCACACACAAGAUACCUCUUCGCGCAACAAGUCCCUCCUGCUCCGCUACUUCCAAUGCGCCGUCUUCAUCACGUCCGCCGCGCCCUUCGGGUUCGCCGCGCUCUCCUACAUCACCUAUCCUGCCAUGGUGCUCGGCAAGUCCUGCAAACUCGUCCCCGUCAUGCUCAUGAACGUCGUCCUUUACCGCCGCAAGUUCGCUGCGCACAAGUACCUCGUCGUCGCGAUGGUCACGCUCGGGAUCACCAUGUUCAUGGGCUUCGGCAAGGAGAAGCCGUCGAAGGCGUCCAAGAACGCCGACCUCUCCGCAUACACGCAGUUCAUCGGCCUCACGUACCUCCUCAUCAACUUGCUCAUCGACGGCGCGACAAACUCAACGCAGGACGAGAUUUUCACGCGUUACCGGGUUACCGGCCAGCAGAUGAUGUUCUGGAUUAACCUGUUCUGCACUGGGCUUACGUCCGUUAUCUCGGUCCUGCCUCUGCCUUACAUCCCGGUGCUCCACCCCUCCACCUCUGGGACCGAACUGCAGGGCGCGCUCGAGUUCAUCCGCACUCACCCGUCCGUGGUCGUGCCGCUCGCGCAGUUUGCUCUCACGGGCGCGCUCGGCCAGCUGUUCAUCUUCGAGACCCUGCAACAUUUCGGCUCGUUGACCUUGGUCACGAUUACGUUGACGCGGAAACUGUUCACUAUGCUGCUUUCCGUCAUCGUCUACAACCAUAAGCUCACCCCCGGACAAUGGUUCGGCACGGGCGUCGUGUUCGCCGGUAUUUCGGUGGAGGCAUGGGUCAAGCGCAAAGACGUCCACGCGAAACGCGUGAUGCAGGAGAAGGAGAAGGCGAAGAUCAAGACGCUCUGAGGAUCUUAGAGAGGGGUCAAAACCUUCACGCCCACGGACGAUUGUACCAUACGGAUUUAAUAGAGGCCGCAUACAACGUUUCAUACGAGAUUUCCACUAACGAUACGGAUACUAUCAACGACAACAGCGAUCAUAC